AUGAGUAAGGAAAUUUAUUUGAUCCUAUUCGUCAUUAGCUGUUUGGUACAUGAAUUGCACACAUCAAAAGUGCCUUUUAUUAAAUCAUGCAAAGCUGGUGACCACGAAUGUCUAUUAGUCGCUAACACUCAAAUCGCGAUUCCCUACAUCGCCGAUGGCAUUGCUGAACUUGAAAUACCUGCAUUGGAACCUAUGCAUUUUGAAAAUAUAACAAUUGACCAAGGAUUCUUCAAAUUAAUUUUACAAAAUAUGAAGGUCACUGGUGCAAGAAAAUGCAAGGUUGCUGAGAUGAAGCGUAACUUUAGAGAAUCUACUAUGAAGAUGAUCCUAGAUUGCCCACUUGAAGCAACAGGCAGAUAUAUUUUUACUGGAAGUUUUUGUUAUCACACAAUCAGUAAUGAAGCGGACUUCUUAAUACACGCAGAUACUAUCAGAACCAUCAUUACUUUCAAGAUUGAAAAAAUACGUGAAAAAGAUGGUAAGACCUACAUGAAUCUGAUUGACUAUAUAUAUUUAAUCGAGCUGGUGGACAAUCUUCACCUGGACUUGGAUAAUUUAUUCUCAAGCAAUAUUGGAAAAGUUCAACCUUACCUGGGAAUAAUAAACAAUGACUGGUGGUAUACCGUUGUAAAUAUUGGCGAGCCCAUGGCUAGCGCCAUGGUCCAGAAAUUCUUCGAUGUUUUGAAAUUGUAUUUCCUUCGCGUACCAGUGGUCAAUAAUUGA